AUGGGGUCCUCCGUCUGGGACGACGAGAACCGCUGGGUGGGCAAGCAGCCCUGGUGGAAGGACGCAACCUUUUAUCAAGUUUACCCGGCCAGUUUCAAGGACUCGGACGGUGACGGCUGGGGCGACCUGCCCGGUCUCAUCAGCAAGGUUGACUACCUCCACGAGCUCGGCGUCGACGUCGUCUGGGUCUCCCCCAUCUUCGACAGCCCCCAGGCCGACAUGGGCUACGACGUCUCCGACUACCAGAAGAUCUACGCCCCCUACGGCACCGUCGACGAUGUCGACACCUUGCUGGAAGAGUGCCACCGCCGCGGCAUGAAAGUGAUCCUCGACCUCGUCGUCAACCACACCUCUGUUGAGCACGACUGGUUCAAGCAGUCCCGCUCGUCUAGGGACGACCCCAAGCGCGACUGGUACAUCUGGAAGCCCGCACGUUACGACGAGAAUGGCGUGCGCCACCCGCCGACCAACUGGCGCGGCUACUUUGCGGGUCCGACGUGGACGUGGGACGAGCACUCGCGGGAAUACUACCUGCACCUGUACGCACCCGACCAGCCCGACCUGAACUGGGACAACGACGCCUGCCGUGAGGCCAUCUACGAGGACACGAUGCGGUUCUGGCUGGACCGCGGCGUUGACGGGUUCCGCAUUGACACCGUCAACAAGUACUCCAAACGGACCGACUUCGUCGACGCGCCCGUCACCGACCCCGGGUCACCGCACCAGCCGGCGCCCGAGAUGUGGUGCAACGGUCCACGCAUCCACGAGUUCAUCCGGGAGAUGAACCGCAAGGCCCUCGCGCCCUACAACGCCGUCUCCGUCGGCGAGCUGUCCCUGACGCCGCACCCGUCGCAGGUUAUCCCCUACGUCUCGGCCGCCGCCGGGGAGCUCGACAUGGUGUUCGAGUUCUCCGUCAUCCGCCUCGGCAACGGCAACGGCUUCGGCGCCAAGUACAUCUACCAGCCCUUCCCCCUGUCGACCCUCAAGGGCUACACCGCGACGUGGCAGUCCUUCUUCGAGGGCACCGACGCGUGGGCGACGGCCUUCUGCGAGAACCACGACAACGGCCGCGCCGUGUCGCGGUUCGGCGACGACUCCACGCCCGCGCUGUGGCGGGCCUCGGCCAGGACCAUCGCGCUGUGGCAGGCGACCAUGUCCGGCACGCUGUUCCUGUACCAGGGGCAGGAGAUCGGCAUGACGAACAUGCCGGCCGGCUGGGGCAUCGAGGAGUACAAGGACAUCGAGAGCGCCAACUUCUACUCGGAGGCUGUCGCGUCCGGCGACCGCGGACGCGUCGAGAAGACGAUGCACGGGCUGCGCAUCCUCGCGAGGGACCACUCGAGGAUCCCGUUCCAGUGGGACGCCGGCCCGAACGCCGGCUUCGCCAGGGAGGGCGCGACGCCGUGGAUGCGGGUGCACGACGACUACGAGGCCAUCAACGCCGCCAAGCAACGCGGCGACCCGGACUCGGUCCUCGAGUUCUACAAGAAGCUGCUGCGGCUGCGGAAGCGGCACCGCGACGUCUUCAUCCACGGCGCGCACCGGCUCAUCGACCCGGAGAACGAGCGGACGUGGGUCGUCCUCAAAGAGGGUCCGGCGCCGGUGGGCGGGAAGGGGGCCGUGCAGAGGAGGAGGAGAGCGCUCGUCGUGAUGAACUUCUCCAAGGGCGAGGAGAGCACGGGCGACGUGCCGGCGUUGCUUGGCUGCGAGGCGAGCGAGGUGAGGUUGCUGGUCGGCACCCGAGAGGGCGGGGAGCUGGUCAAGGGGGUUGCUCCCGUGCUCGGCGGAUGGGAGUCGAGAGUGUAUACCAAUUUUGAGGUUCAGAAGUGA